CUUAUGUAGUACACACAUGCCGCCACGCUGUAGUUGCUACGUAUCGCUGACACCACGCGAGUUACACGCGCACACCGCUACAGGUAAAAGAAGCCAUCAACGUGCAAAUAAAAUAUGCUGUAGCACGACAAAAUAUGCGUGGCCAACAUCGACAUAGUAUCACUCAGCUAGAAACAAACAAAACGUGUUCGAGAUGGGACAAUUCGACACCGGAGAACGUAAUUACUAUUUUAAGUGAUGAGCCUACUCAAGUUCAGCCCGUUAUUCUUACACUUCUCCCUAUUAACACAAAUUUAUACUCUCGAAGACACUCUGCACAUAAUUGUUCAACAAGUGAAGUGAUCCCUACCAUUCCACCACCUAUCCAAUCUUCAAGGCCCCCUGCAGUUCCUAAACGCUUUUUUGAGCAAACACCGGCUCCCGGAAACGUUCAACCAAACUUCACAAGUAAUAAUCCGUUGCUUAUCGUCCCCCCGACUCAAAAAAGCAGGGGCAAUCCUCCGACACCUCCCCCCAGAAGUCCCGGAUCUCGACUAGCUAACAAAUUAGUGAACAAUCCAAAGUCAAAGAUAGAGCCAACUAAACAUGUCGUUGGAAAACCCCAAAUUGGUAGUAACGAUUGUGUAUUUCAAUUCGAUAAUCAUCUUAUGCACCAAUUUGGUAAAAUUCCGCCCCCUCCGGCGGGACCCCCGCCACCACCUGUUACAAAAAUCACUCAAAAGCCAUCCACUGGAUCAACGAUUAAGGCAACUCCUCAGCAGGCAAACAAAGGCAGCGUCAGACAAGACUCUAGCAUAUCAAGCGACAGUUUUAGUCAAACUUCUUCCCCAAGCUACACAAGCAAAACUAUGGAGACGCCUUUAUUACCUCCCCGUACGCCAAAUAGAAUUUCAACGCAAGUAAAAACAGCGAACGGAAAUGGACAAGAAGAAAGUACAAACUCCCCGUUAACUAAAAGUGCGUCUACCCCAGCUAGUUUGCAGACAAUAGUUAGGUUUCACAAUGGAUCAAAUAUGUCUUUACAUCACAGAAUUAUACGGGAUAUUAGACGGUCAUCAAAUCAUCCGUAUAUCGGAACAGUUCGAAUAAAAUUUCGCUUUGCUCAAGUUGUGAUGAACGCCGUUGCUCUAAUAGCAAUUGGUGGUGGCAUGGCCGCAUAUUUUAAAGCUCAUCCCGCAUCAGUACAUAUAGUUAAUACUACAAAUAAUAUUACGCUUGGAAUUACAACUGUUGAGUCUAGUGAUGCUAAUCCCGCUCCGGGGAUUUGCUUACCGGUAAUAGUAGGAUUUUGCCAACAACAUAAAGUUCCUUAUAACUUCACCGUGUUUCCUAAUUAUAUGGGACACUUUGGACAGCCAGACGCCCAGCACGAAUUGGAAGUGUAUGACGCAGUAGUAGAUGUGCGUUGUUACGAAUUGGCGGCGUUGUUUCUUUGCUCUGUUUUUGUCCCUAAAUGUGGUACGGGAGGCAUUGUUGUUCGUCCAUGUCGAAGUCUGUGUUUAGAAAUGAAAAGACGUUGCGGAUUCUUUUUGGAUGUAUUUGGUCUUGCUUUACCCGAUUAUUUAGAGUGCUAUCUGUUCCCCGAGUCUCCCGAUCCCGAAGUGUGUGUAGGACACCACGAAGUAAAGGAGGCAAAAAUUCGUUCCCAAAAGCCCAUAUGCCCAUCGGGAUUUCAGUGUGAUGUGAAAAGAUGUAUACCGAGAGAUUGGCUUUGUGAUGGUCAUGUUGAUUGUAAGGAUCAAACAGACGAGCUUAAUUGUAAUGAAUGCAAAAAGGGGAUGAUACACUGUGGUAGCGAUAAAUGUGUAGCGCAAGAGCAAAUGUGCGACGGCAAAAUUGACUGCCCGCUAGCACAGGAUGAACGGAAUUGCCUAAGAUUAAGUGAAAGGAAUGGGAACGAGGGCCGUGGCCAGUUAGAAAUAUUUCGCCCUGAACUUCAGAAGUGGACACCCGCUUGCAUAACUCAUUGGGAUCAAGCUACAUCUCCAGCGGCAAUUUGCUCUCUACUCGGAUAUUUACAUGCCAAUGGAAGUCGAUUAUUUAAAGGGAAGGAUAUUAAUGUUUCGCGCCCCGUGCAAGAAACAACAGCUAUUUGGAGAAUGCACCAAAAUAAACGACCCAAGAAUAUGCUUAGGGAAUUUGGAUCGUGUAGCGGUACGGCAUAUCCGACUGUAGAUUUAAUCUGUACGAACCACAUGUGUGGAAAGACUCGGAAGUCGUACGCUGAGAGACGGUCACUACGGAUUGUUGGAGGUGUAAAAUCGAAACCGGGAGAUUGGCCUUUCCUAGCUGCUCUUUUGGGCGGACCCGAGGAAAUAUUUUAUUGUGCGGGUGUGUUAAUUGCCGAUCAGUGGGUAUUAACAGCAUCGCACUGCGUUGGAAAUCAUUCUGAUGUGUCUGGGUGGACAAUACAACUUGGUAUUACAAGAAGGUACGCGCAUUCGUAUUACGGUCAAAAAAUGAAAGUAAAAAGAGUGGUUCCACAUCCCAUGUACAACUUAGGAAUCGCACAUGAUAACGACGUAGCUCUUUUUCAAUUGUCAACAAAAGUCACGUUUCAUGAGCACCUGCUACCUGUGUGUUUACCUUCUGCCGACCAAGAACUGCCACCGGGGACCAUUUGCACAGUGAUAGGGUGGGGAAAGAAAGAGGAUACGGGAUUGUCCGAGUAUGAACCGGAAAUUAAUAAGGUGGAGGUACCAGUACUAAACCGUGAUCUGUGCAACGUGUGGUUAGAAAACAGGGAUUUGAACGUGACGGAUGGAAUGAUAUGCGCCGGAUACAAGGAGGGCGGAAAGGAUGCGUGCCAGGGUGACUCUGGAGGUCCACUAUUAUGUCGCGAUAAAGAUGAUCCAGAAAGUUGGUUUGUAGGAGGCAUCGUCAGCUGGGGAAUCAAAUGUGCUCACCCUCAUCUUCCUGGAGUUUAUGCUUUUGUACCAAAAUAUAUUCCAUGGAUUUUACAGCAAAUCGCUCAGUACUCUGACUAAUGUAUCGAUGUUCUUCUACGCGGAGAAACAGAUAUUUUAAAAGUUAUCCGCUCAUUUCAAAUCUUUUGCCAAAAAUACGACAAUAUUAUUGGUUCCUUAAAUUGAUAACGCCAAUUUAAAUGGUUCCAAAAUGCUCGGUUGUGGCAUUUUUUGCUUCUACAAUUCAAUGCUAACACUAAAACUGUGGUAAGGCACAUACAAUCUAGCUACGCACAAUAUGUAACAUUAGAAUGGUUCUCUAGUGAUAUCUUGUGACAAUUCACCUAGUGUUCGAGCGAUCCGCCUCUAUAUGUGAUCAUGCAUACUGCUGUAUUGUAUACAGCUGUCUCUGAAGUCUAACCUUUUUGAUCAUGACAAUAAAUUUUUGACUUUGGAGACCUCUGCAAUGCUUUAAAUAUAUUUUAUACCCUUAGAUAUAAUUGAAUUAGAAAAAAAGAACAAUAGUUUUCUAUAGAUUUAUAAAGAUGUUAUCUAGUGUAUAGUGUGCAUGGGUCUGCUUUGCGUUAGUUCGAAGAAUAUUAGUGUUUAGGUCCGAGUUUUUUAACUAUACGUUUCGAACUAACGCAAUGCGCACUUUUCCAAAUUGCGAUACGUGGGCAAUCACUAAAUUAAUACCUACUACACGAACUCUCAAAUUUAAUCCAGACUUUAUUUUAGCACACUCAUCUCACUCACUCCUUCAUACCGUGCGACAUUUUGAUGACAAUAAACUCCUCAUAAAGUGAAUAGGACCAUUAAUUGCACUAUUUAAUCUUAUAUAGUUUGGAUUAAACUCGACUGUUCUUGGUAUGUCAAUAUUUUAUAUGAGAAUUAUCGCAUAAGGAAAAUCAAUGGGGGCAUAUGGUGUUAAACAACAUACCUAUUUCAUAUCUUGUAUAAAACGAUGUGAUGUUAUAUAUUUAAAUACCGCGACAAUAAUUUAUGUAUAUAUAUUAUAUAUACCUACAAUAUAUGUUUACCUAACAACAUAUUUCCUGAAGCAUAUCUUUACGAAAAAAAAACUAUUUUAAUAGUGAAUUGUUUCACUUUUGUUAGAUCUAUACAAUAAAUGAGGCUUCAAGUAGGACAAUACUCACCUGUGUGUUCCUUAGCUUAUACCAAUAACCUCUAGUCAAUGAAAUGAGACAAUAAUAUCAAGAAUAACCGCUUAAUAUUUAAUACAGAACGCUAUGUGCUUUUAAAUUUACGUUGUAACCUAUGUUAACAAUUACUGUAGUGAAUAUAUUAUCACAUAUGA